CGUUCAAGUGGACCGAAAGUGCCAUCUCGUCCAGCUAAGCUGCGCCGCGUGAGCUAUCGUCGGGAGCCCCAGCAACCGUCAAACCCAACUGGGUUAUUAGAAAUGCUAGUUCACGUUCUACACGAUAGCAUUAGGCUGCCUACUUGUAAUGGUUAGCCAUAGCGUAGCCAGCAGCUGUCAACGAGUGAGGCAAACAUUAGCUGCUCAAUGAGAAUAUGAUAUGGAUGACAGAUAAAUCUUCAAUUCGAACAGUAAGUGCAUCAACGGCGACAACCUAGCGAUAACGUCGGCAAAUCACUCCUAUGAACACCCGCAUUCUAAUGAAAGCAGUUGCUGGCUGUUGGUGAUGCUGUGAAAGCCGAGGUGAUUGCUGGUGCCUCUUUUUGUAACAAUGGAGCCUGGGCGCUCGAUAGUAAGCUUGGCCGAAUACGGUCUCAAGAAUAAAACUGCACUCGUCACAGGUGCAGGCAGUGGGAUUGGUUACGUCAUCUGCAAACAGCUGUAUAAAGCGGGUGCUCAUGUAAUCGCGGUGUCGAGAACGCUCGAACAUCUCGAGAAGUUAAAACAGGAAUGUCAGGAAAUUCAAAUUAUAUGUUGUAACUUAACGGAUUGGGAAGCUACCGAGCACGCACUUAAGUAUACCAAGGCCGAUCUGGUCGUUAAUAAUGCGGGAGUCGCCCUGUUGGAGCCUGUUGGCCACAUCACCGAAUCGGCAUUUAAUAAAACUUUCAACCUAAACACCAAAGCGGCGAUCAAUGUUAUCCAGUGUUGUUUACCGCAUAUGAAGUCGAACAAACACGGAGCCAUCGUCAAUAUAUCUUCGCAAGCAGGAAUAAGUGCUAUUCAAGAUCAUGCGGUAUAUGCAGCUUCGAAGGCCGCCCUAGAUCAGCUGACACGGGUAUUCGCUCUGGAGCUUGGACAAUAUAACAUUCGAGUGAAUUCUGUAAAUCCUACGGUUACACUCACUCCCAUGUCGCAAGUUGGCUGGUCGGAUCCGGCAAAAGCUAAAGGAAUGAAAGACAAGAUUCCGCUAGGACGGUUUGCGACGCCCGAGGAUGUAACAGAUGCUGUCCUGUAUUUGCUUUCUGAUAAGUCAGCCAUGAUCACGGGUACUAUAUUACCAAUUGAUGGUGGUUUUACUGCUUGCUAGCCCUAACAGCUCUGUAUGAGCAAGACGUUGAUAUUAUUCCUUUCGUUGGUGCUCCGUAAUAUGGAUCUGUCGGAUUUAUCGUAUAUUAACAAAAAUAAGUAAAUAUCAAAUAAACUAUAGACAUUUGUGCUAAUACGUGA